UUUAAAGUGGGACUGUCAUCCAGUUGGCAGCAUUGAGAUUUAUUUGAUUUUUGUGUUUAUUCUGGUUAGAUUUAGCUUUGAUGUUGUUUUAAAGCGUGGUAAAAGUUUCCCCCUCUCUUCAUCUGCAUGCUGAUUGUGAGGCAGCUUUCAAGCAGAGCGCCGGGAGGCAUCCAGGAAGGAGUUCCAUUCUAACAGUGAAACCGUCUCAAAAGGAAAAAGCUCUGUCUCUCUCCUCCUCUGUACAUGUGUACAUCUGUGUUAACUUCUUUUCUACAUUGAGAAGAGAAAUAUUCUUAAUUUCCGUGAAAUUUACUAGAACCCCCAUCAGUUUCAGCAAUGGCAGAAGCUGCUGCCCGGAAGAAGAUGUCAGCCUUCUGGGAAGAACACUCGAGGGGGGCCACCAUCGAGGAGAUGAUGCUGGACUCCAGCGCCGAGGCCAUCACACAGCAGGAGAAGCCGGAAAUCCUGUCCAUGCUUCCCGACACUGACGGGAAGAGGGUGCUGGAACUGGGAGCGGGAAUCGGGAGAUUCACCGGCCACCUGGCCAAGAUCGCUAGCCACGUGACGGCGGUGGACUUCAUGGAGAAGUUCGUGACGAAGAACCGGGAGCUGAACGGUCACCGUGGCAACAUCACCUUCCUGCAGGCCGACAUCACCCAGAUGCAGUUGCCAGGCAACAGCUUUGACCUCAUCUUCUCCAACUGGCUGUUCAUGUACUUGACCGACGCGGAACUGGUCAACCUCGCAACCUGCCUUCUCUCCUGGCUGCAGCCCAGAGGGUUCCUAUUCUUCCGGGAGUCCUGCUUUUUUCAGUCAGGCAAUGUGAAGAGGAGCUUCAAUCCCACGGUGUACCGCAAGCCGGCCGAUUAUAACCGCAUCCUGACCUCCGCCGUCAUCGGGCCGGAUCCAGGGGGGCAACUCUGGGGCUUCGAGAUCGUGAUGAGCAAGUCCGUGCAGGCGUACAUCAAGCUGAAGCGGAACCAGAACCAGGUGUGUUGGCUGCUGCAGAAGGUGGCCCGCGACCGCUCGGCCCAUCAGGGCUACCCCACCUUCCAGCAGUUCCUGGACGGGCAGCAGUACUCGCGGAGCGGCAUCCUGCGGUACGAGCGCAUCUUCGGGCAUGGCUUCAUCAGCGCAGGAGGACUCCGCACCACCAAGGAGUUUGUGGAGCUGCUGAAACUGUCCCCGGGUCAGUCGGUGCUGGACGUGGGAUGUGGGAUUGGAGGUGGAGACUUCUACAUGGCCAAGAAUUACGGCGUUGAAGUUCUGGGAAUUGAUCUAUCAGCCAACAUGGUGGAGAUUGCAAUGGAGCGUGCUGUAACUGAGGACACGCCAUUGGUGCAGUUUGAGAUUGGAGACGCCACAAAGAGGGUGUUCCUGGAGAACUCGUUCGACGUGAUCUACAGUCGGGACACGAUCCUUCACAUCGCCAACAAGGCUGAUCUCCUGAGGAGGCUCCAUGCCUGGCUAAAGCCCCGGGGGAAGCUGCUGAUCACCGACUACUGCUGCGGGGAGCUGCCCUGGUCCGCCAGCUUCCAGGAGUAUGUCCGGCAGCGCGGAUACAUCCUCCACACCGUCCAGAGCUACGGAAAGCUGCUGGAGGAGGUGGGCUUCGUGGGGGUCCGCGCAGAGGACCGGACGCGGCAGUUCCUGGACAUCCUGGAGGUGGAGCUGAGGGGGCUGGAGCAGGACAGGGCGGCCUUCCUGGAGGACUUCACGGACGAGGAUUACACUUACCUCGUGCAGGGCUGGAAGGAGAAAAUGUCUCGCUGCGUGACCGGAGACCAGCGCUGGGGCCUGUUCUACGCCGAGAAGCCUUCGGACAGCGGGACCAGCCCGCAGUCCGGGACCGGAGACCGGAUUCAGCCCCUGCCUAUCGACCAAGUCACCAUGUAGGGACUACCGCAGACCUGAGGAUCCCGGGACAGUCCGGAUAAAUCCUAGGCUGGGAACUCCUGCCUCUGCUGCUGCCGGCAUGGGGGAAAGGCCGAAUGGCCGUGCCUGUCCGUUCACGGGCCGGGGAUGGAAUGGGAGGAAUUGUCGCGUCUCAAUCUGAUUCAAGCUGUGCCGAGUUGUAAUUAAAGGACGAUACACCGGG